UUUCCUUGUUCCCUCCCUCUCCUCGUCUCCCGUGGUCUCUCUCUGCUCUCUGCCUCUGAACUCACGCCCCCCUUCCCCACAACCCACCAAACAAAGAGACAGAGAGCGAGAGAGAGUGCAACAGCCCACCGCCAACCCACACACCCUCACGCAUAAAAAUCUCCGCCCACCCCAAUCCCUCCAACAAACUCCAACCAACAAUGGCGAUCGCCUUCUGCUUCCUUCCCACCUCCGCCGCCGCCACCUCCUCUUCCUCCCUCUCCAAACUCAACCCUCACCGCCCAUCUCUCUCCGCCUCCGCCUCCUCGCCCCUCCUCCACCUCCGCCUCACCGCCAACCCUCCCUCCCUCACCCACCGCCACCGCCAGUUCCGCCGCAUCCUUUUCUCCGCCGGCGGCGACGACGGGGGGAUUAAUGGACGUGAUUCCUCGGGAGGCGGCGAUGGCGGCGGAGAUGAAGGUGACAGCGACGGAGGGUCCGACAAUGCAGGCGGAAAGAACAGGGGGGAGGCGUUGAUGGUGUUGGCGGAGUCUAAGCGGGGGUUGGAGAGCUUGCCCAAGGACUUGGCGGCUGCGAUCCAGGCGGGUCGGAUUCCCGGGUCGGUUGUGGGACGGUACUUUGAGCUGGAGAAGUCGGGUCUGUUCAGGUGGCUGAUGCAAUUCGCUGGGUUUAGAGAGAGGUUGCUCGCUGAUGAUCUGUUUUUUGCUAAGGUUUUCAUGGAAUGCGGCGUUGGUCUCUUCACUAAGACUGCUGCAGAGUACGAGCGGCGGAGAGAGAACUUUUUCAAUGAGCUGGAAGUUGUUUUUGCAGAUGUGGUAAUGGCCAUAAUUGCAGAUUUCAUGCUUGUUUAUCUUCCUGCCCCAACCGUUUCUCUUCGACCUCCACUUGGGGUCAAUGCAGGAGCAAUCACUAGGUUUUUCCAUGGCUGCCCCGAAAAUGCCUUCCAGAUCGCCAUGUCGGGAACAUCAUACUCAUUAUUACAGAGGAUUGGUGGAGUAGUGAGAAAUGGGGCCAAGCUCUUUGCUGUUGGUACUGCUUCAUCCCUGGUUGGCACAGCUGUGACAAAUGCCUUGAUCAACGCAAGGAAGGCUGUUGAUAAGGACAAAGCCGGUGAACUUGAGAAUGUGCCGAUAUUAUCCACUAGCGUUGCAUAUGGUGUCUACAUGGCAGUUUCUAGCAAUCUCAGGUACCAAGUAUUGGCCGGUGUUAUUGAACAAAGGUGUUUGGAACCGCUACUACAUCAAAACAAGCUCAUGCUAAGCGCAAUUUGCUUUGCCAUUCGGACUGGAAACACAUUCUUGGGUUCAUUAUUGUGGGUGGACUAUGCUCGUUUAAUAGGAAUCCAGAAGGCUCAUUAGUUUACCAAUGGGAUCAUUUUCAUAUUUGAUUGAGUUUCUUGAAGGCGCCAUUGUUGGUUUGCUGAAUUUCAAUUUGUUGCAUAAAUCAGGCAAAACUGAGAUGAUUGAAGUAAUGUGAGUUAAAAUUUGCCUGAGAUAAUUGAAGUAAUGUGAGUUAAAAUUGCUAGGUUGCUUAGUUUUACUUCUUUAUAUAUUUAUACCGCUCAUGGUUGAGCUAACUUUCUAUGUUUGAUAUUAUUACAAUUCCAUGUUUCUCCAUGUGGGGGCAUUUUGCUCUACAAGCUAUAAACUCAAUGUUGACUUUUGGAA